UAACUCCCAAUUUUUUCUUUGUCUUUCAGGCGGUAAAUAUUUUUGGUUAUGAAUAUUCUACCAGUUUCACAGCAUGGCUCCCUUCAGAGCUUAUUGGGGCAGUCAAGCUCAACUAUAAACACAGAACAGCAGGAUCUGCUGCUUGCCAACUACAACUUGCCAGGCUUGCGUGUUGAUGGCCGUAUGUCUGCGGCCAGAAGAUUCUUCUGCCUCUUUGUCUUUUUUGAUCUUCUCUUCACAUCAGUCUUUUGGAUAAUCUGUGUCUUAAUUGAUGGCCAGAGCAUCAAAGAUGGUUUGAUUGAAGAAAUUGUGAACUACACAUUUGCCACAUCCAUGUUUGAUAUGGUGGUGUGUUCCAUGAUCCGCUUCUCAUUGUUGCUGCUUGUCUAUGCUCUCAUCCACAUUCAGCAUUACUGGAUGGUUGCAGUGACUACGAUGCUGUCUUCAGCUUUUUAUGUUGCCAAGAGCUUGCUCUUUGAGUGGAAGGGCAGUCCUGAUACUGGAAAUAGCAGCUCCAACUACCCAUUCCUGGUGGUGCUGGUGCUCAUCUCCUUCUUGCUGGCCUGGGCGGAGGUCUGGCUUAUAGACUUCAGUGUCUUGCCUCAAGAAGCGCGAGCCAAGAACCUCAUCAGAGCUCUGACAAGCCGUGGGCCAGGCAGCGUGUCGGGGCAGCAAGACGCCACCGCCAGGCUCCGGGACUACAUCAGUCAGUGCGCUGCCGAGUCUGUGGCCAACUUCUACUCCCCUCUGCAGUCCCCUUAUGUAUUUUGUCAGGAGAACGUGUGGCUGUGCUUGGGUGUAGAGGCGCUGCUGCGUAACUACGAUCUGCUACGCACGCCAGGCUGGGAUCACCACUCGCGCACGCCCGCCGGCGACGUCAUCACCGUCAGGAGCAGCCCUGCUGGCAGGAAGAUCUUCCGCCUCGCCGCUCCCCUGAAGGCUCCUGCCCAGCUGAUCUUCAAAGAUGUCGUCGACGACGCUGAGAAUAUGCCGUCCUGGAACUCUGCUUUGAUGGCUGUUAGAAAAGUUCAGUCAUUGUCUGGGAGCUCUGACGUAGUGCACCAGAUCUCCGCGGACGUGUCGGGGUUGGUCAAGUCGCGCGACUUCGUCAUGGUGCGGCACUGGAGGCGCAUUCAAGGAGGCCCUCUGGACGAAUGGACCUCCUGCUGGAUUAGUAGCGUGAUAUCCAUCGUGCAUCCUCAAGUGCCUGUUGAUGACCGCUACGUAAGGGGCGAGAACGGACCAGGAUGCUGGUCAUUUUGUGAGAGCUCGGGAGCUUCAAGCGCUUCGGAGUGCAUGUUCUACUGGAUCAUGGAAACAGACCUCAAAGGCUGGCUGCCUAAAAGGAUCGUGGAGAGCGCCAUCACGAGCGUGAUGUCUGAGCAGGUGGAAGCUCUAAGACGCAGAGCCGCAGCCCUCACUCAGCUGAAGACACAAUUGACUGUAAACUAUCCUAACUUAGCUCAGGAUGACGACAACCUUUUGCGUGCCGAAGUGUCGAACUCGUUCACUUCCGGGGCCAACGCGUCACAAUGUAAUAGCAAUCGUAAUAGUUCAGAUGACGCUUUGUUAGUUUGAUUAUCUGUGAGAUUAGCUGUGCUAACUGAACUGGUCCUGUAACUUUAAAGAAAGGCAUUGAGUUAGGAUUAAAAAAAAUCAUACCCACGAGCACAGGAGACGAUUUUGCCCCUCAAUACAUGCCCGGGCAACUUAAUUGUUUUGCUCUGUCCGGUUAAAGGUCAUUAAAUGAAAUACGCGUUAUUCCACUCUGAUUGCACUGCCGAUGUAAUUUACACACACUCCUGGUGCUUUGACCUCGCGAAUAAAUGCUAAUCAUUUCCUACUGAUCACUUCCAGUUUACAAAUAUAUCGAAAUACAUGCAGAAAACCAUUAGUCUUGUUUCGCAAUUCUGGGCGGCAAUUUAGGCUUGGUAAAAAACAAUAAAGCUUACGGAGGAGCCUUAUUCGUGCUAAAAUAUUGAUAGAUUCCAUUUGCGUGUUGCAUUCAUAUAGUUGAAAUAAUAAAUGCCUGAUGGCAUUGCUAACUUCUUCCGUUGCUUUAUAUACAUCUUAUGAUCUAGCAUUUUUACUGUCAACCACAAUUUAUACAUCAUCACCUUCAUCACGAUUAAUCAUUUUACUCUUUCGUAGAUUUUUAGGUAGCGUGUCGGAGCUCAGUUAAAUUUAAUGUGAACGCUUGCUUGCUUACGUUACAGUUAUUCUUUUUAUGACCAAUACAUGUAAAGGAUAAGGAGUUGCAUCUUAUGUGAAGAUGAAGGCCGUAUGCAUGAUUGAGUCUGGUUGUCAGGCUUGCCAUUAUCUGGUGUGCUACGAUCUGCUAAAGAUCUUUGUUAGGAAUGUGUAACUACGUGGCUCUUCAAUGUACCGCUCUGAUGACCGAGUGAGUGGAGAGCUCAGUUCUCGUCGUCAUUAUUCCAUGGCGCAUGUGUUUGUGCUGAUGGUUGAUGUUUCAGUGAGGACUUAUAAUGUUUUCACAAUUUUUUCACUGCGAGUCAAUUAUUCUAUUAAAAUCAAUUAUUUGCAUUACUUGUAUGAGCAUAGAUUGACACAAAUUUCAACCCUAACUGCUUUCCAUGCAUGGCAGCGACGCUGCAACUAAUCGGUGAAGUCGUGCGGCCUACGAACUCUUCUCAAAGGUUACGGCAAUUCCUGUGCUACCACAUCAAUGAUGAACAACGUAUUCUAGUUGAAUAUUCCGCACUCUCGUGCUUAACCGAACGAGCUUGGAGUUGUUCAUGUGUCACUUGUUCUUACCUACAAUUAACAAAUAGUCUUCUUUCCGAAUUGCAUUUGAAGGAAUUUUAUAAUGAAUUAUAUUUUGGUUGCAGGUGAUCUAUUGCAUUGUAUACAUGUUAAUUAUCUGUAACUUACUAUUAAGCAGUGGUCCAAAAAGUGUUUUGAUUUUCUAAGAAAUGGUUUGUCUUUUAUUUGAAUUUACUUGGAGAUUAUUUAGAUCAUGACCCUGGUUAAGGAUUGUCGUGUGGGCCCGUUGCCGCUGUACAAUUAUUGGGCACAGUAACAUGCCAGCGUAUUGAAACAAUAGGAAAGUUGUCCGCGUUUCUUUACUGCAAAUAUGCAUGGGAGGUUGAUCCUGUUCCUGUUGGAUCUGGGACGAUUUGCGUUGUUUGGUAACUUGUGUCGGUCAAGUAUCAGCAGUAUCCUCACGCGUUUGUCUUGGGAUGUAGCCUUCAGACUACAUUACAUGGAGGUGAACGGUAUGAUCUCUCAAUAGGUUCUUUGCAGGUAACUACUAUUAUGUUUUCACCGGCGACUAAGCCAUAAAUAUGGUGCUAAUUGCACCAAAGUCCGCUUACAUCAAAUUGACUGCAAUCGCUCAUAUUUAUAUCAUUUGAUGUGAUUACCAGCCCAAGUUUCCGGAUAACACGUCUUAAAGAAUAAUAUACACAUGCCUGUAUAAUUGCGAAUUUAAUCUUGCUUUCCAUGUGUCCCGUAUCACAGGCCUGAACCUCUUGUAAUAAUAUAUUCUAUGAAUAUUUAUAUUUACAAUUAGUAUAUUUUAUACGUAAGAGCCUUUGGAGUUAGUAAUCUUAUCAUUGCCAGACUCGUGAAGCGAGGCGGCGAUGUAUUAUGUUAGGGCGCUUCAGUGUUCAGGCUAAAUAAGUAAAUAUUUCUUAUGCUUUACCAUUCCUCA